AUGGGGUGGCUGCGAGUUGAGGUGCCCUUGCGCUUCGGUCACGGUUUCCCGCCAUUCUGUGCGUCGACGGCGCAUGAGACCUAUCAGAAUGUGAUGUCGUGGCGCGAGACCCUUACUUUUCCCCCGGAGACACCCAUUUCCAAGGAAGCUCACGACUUAAUUACCUCGCUGUGUACUGAUGCAGAGUCGCGUCUCGGCUCCAAUGGAGGGCUGGAACAGUUCCGUAAGCACCCGUUCUUCGUCAAUGUGGAUUGGGAGAACAUCCGCGAGCGCCCAGCCGCAAUUCCCGUUCAGAUCAGAUCCAUUGAUGACACCAGUAACUUUGAUGAGUUUCCAGACGAAGAUCUCACUUGGCCAAACGUGACAGACCCGAAGAAGUCCUACAAGAAGGACUUGGCCUUCAUAAAUUACACAUACAAGGCGUUCGAUGGGUGUUCCAGCUGCGAUCGUCGGAUAGCGCGUCCCACAAGUCAUCAUCCGCAAAGACAUGUCCGCCCCUGCACAGCAGCGGCUGGAACUGCCCCCUCUGUGGGCUGA